AUGGUGUGUCUAUCGCGACCUCUAACAUGCCUGGCCCUUCUAACUUUAGAAGAUUUCAGAGGAGCGUUGUGGGUGUCACAUUUAAAAUUUAAUAAUAAUAAUAAUAACAAUAAUAAUAAUAAUAAAUUGAAAACUACUGGUGAAGAUGAUGAAGAAGAUGAUUACAACAAUGAUAAUCUUAAUGACGACGAUGACGAUGAUGAUAAUAAUCUCAAAAAUGCUGGUGAUCAGCAACCGAAGCAACGACAGCCGCAACAACAAUUGCAACAGCAGCAACGACAGCCACAACAGCAGCAACGACAGCCACAAGAACAACUGCCACAGCAGCAACAACAACAUCGUCCAAUUUAUCCGCGAAAUUUGACUAGCUUCUACGAGAUAUAUGUAACCAAAUCAAAUAUUGAAUUCAAAUUAGUAACAUCCGUAAGACAAACGAACGAAGCUAACCUGUGUUUAGACAGUCAGCUGACCAGGCAGACAAACGUCUGGGUGUCUGGCGACAUGAGGGGCUGGUCAUUUUGUCCAUUCAGUGGCGGGUUCGAUUACAGGCUGUUCCUAGAUGAUUCUAGCACUGAGCCUCUAUGUAGGAGGACAGAGCAGUUCUUGCGUCCACACAGACUAGAAAGCGAGUGCAUGUCUGGCGAUGGAGUUGUCCUCAACUUUCCAGACGGAAGAUGUAACUUUGUUGCCGAUAACGAUGUAUCUUCUAGCUUGGUGUGUUGGGGGCAUGUAACUGAAUCGCGGUUUACCUACGUAUUUCUUGGCCUGUACAAUAAAAAAUACCCUCAAUACACCCUUCGGAUUCCAGCCAACAUGGACACCAACAACGAGCUGGAAAUAAACUCCACCCUGUACUUCGAGAUCAUCGCCCCAGCGUCACCCUACUCAUCUUCUUCAUCGUCAUCGUCUUCUUCUUCUUUUUCAUCUUCUUCAUCAUUUCCACCUCCAUCGUCUUCGUCAUUUCCAUCUCCAUCUUUUUCAUCUUUUUCGUCAUCGUCGUCGUCAUCAUCAUCUGGUGGAAUGAAUGUCAAAAAGCCAGAUAGGGAUCGCAACUCUGACGUCAAUGAUAAUAAUUUGUAUCGAAAAGUUCCUGUUUAUUAUAAUUAUAAAAAUAUAAAUAAUAAUUAUGACAUUAAUAAUUAUGGUGAUAAUAAUAAUGAUAAUAAAAAGAAUUAUGACGGUGAGAUUAGAAGUGUUGUACUUCGCUUACGAAGAACCGGACCAGGCGUAUGUUACGACGAGACGGAGAAUUGUGGGGCGGUGGCAGCCGAGGGCAAAUGGCUAUUAAUAGAAUCAGAUCGCAUGGAAGAGGUCAAAGUUGAAAAUGAGACAAUCCAUUUCAGUAGGGGGGGUACAGCAUACAUCUGCAAGAGCAAGCAUUGGAAGAAGGAGAAUUAUAAAAUGCUCUCUAUAUUUUCAAAUGGAUGUCGGCCCAGAUACACGUGUCUACAUUUUAGAAAAGAGAAACCAGUUCUAUACUUUCAGAUGUCUAAGAGCAGUCUGACUGAUUCCUCCUUCGAUAUUUGCAAGUUUCAAAAAGACAGGGAACCUCUUGGCGACGCCAUCAGAAGCGACGAGAUGAAGAUGCUGUUACCUCACGAGCGAUUCCAAUACAUGCAGUGCGGACUCGGCGGAAGUAUCAGUGUUGACGUCAUCAACCACAACAAUAAUAACAACAACAACAACAACAACAACAUGGUAGCUAGCUGUGGUGGGGUUUUCAACGAUUGGAAUGAAACUUCGUGCUCUGCCAGUAACAUCUUAACCGUGAGACUGGCACCAAACUGCCACAAUAUUAUCAACAAUAAUUAUCUAGAUUUCCAGUGCGUCGGUCACGAGAUGGUCAAUGACGUCACAAUGGUCUUAAUCACCAAGUUCAAGGACAAAUUUACUUGCUGGAUAAUAUCCACUUACCCCGAACAAAUGAACUAUUACCCUUGGCGAACGCUCAGCGUCCUUAAUAGAGGACAAUGUGGCUUCGUAAGCAACUUCAACGACGACAAGAUUAAUAACGCUUCUGUUAUGACCUUCGAAAGUUUAUCAAAUAACUUGCCAGACAGGAGCUGCAUCCAAACAACAACAUCGUCAUCGUCGUCGUCGUCUACGAACGCAACUAUAUUACUAUCCCUAAACAACAGCGCCGGUAAGAAAUCAACAAAGCGAACGAAAACAAAUAAAAAUAAUAAAAAAACCGCUAAAAAUAAAAACAACAACAAUAAUAAUAAUAAUAACAACAACAACAACAAUAAUAAUAACAAUAAUAAUAAUACGACAUCAUUAUCAUCACUUGUUAUCGGUUCCCAAAAUGUCCCGAACUUCAAGACAUCAGAUAGGGCCAGUAGCUACAACAACAUUUACAAUCACAACAUUCACCCGCCAUCAUCAUCAUCAUCUUUUUUGUCAUUAUCAUUUUUAUUAUUAUUAUUAUUAUUAUUAUUAUUAUUAUUAUGAUUAUUAU